UAUACUUAUGACACACUGAUGGUAUACGUACCAUGGUACAACUUGUACCACAAGUGUGUCACUUUGUACCAUGUUGGUACAAAGCGAGCAACCUGGUACAAAUAUAUACUUGGGUAUAUAGCGGUGGUAUACCAUGCGUCUGGAAUUAGAGUGUAUUUUCCCGAAGUGCAUUGAUGUUUACAUUUUUGUUGUUUCAUUCAUUGUUUUGUUCAAUCACUGGCGAAUAUUGGAGUUUUGGUGUUAAACGGGUAAGUUACCAUUAAAUAUCUUUAUUAAAAUAAGAACAGCAGUUGAAUAUGGGCUUUUAAUUACAGCUUUCAGGCGUAGCGAUGGCAGAAAAUCAAAAACAAGUACAACGCUUGGGGAAGAAUGAAAUCCACAAGGUCAUCGAUGUUUGGAAGGAAAACAUAACAUCUCUUCGAGCUUCCGUGAAAAACUCCCACGUUUAUCAAAAGAUGUGCGACCAGCUAAAGGAAUUGGGCGUUGUCCUUACAACGGAAGAGCUGCGGAACAGGAUUAAUAAUCUUACAAAAAAAUACAGGGCUGAAGUGAACAAAAUGGGCACAUCAGGUGGAUCUCCAUCGACAUGGGCAUUUUUUAAUGACCUUCAUCAGUUCCUCUCCGGCUAUAAGCAAAAUCGAGUCGUUGAGUUAAUGGAAGAGAGUUUGGUCAACAUGCCAAGUGAUGCGGAGAUUGAAUGUUUGGAUGAAGACAUGGAACUGGUUCAUUCAUCACAAAUGUCGUCGUCAAAAUCUACGUGUUCGCUUUCAUCGGAACCGUCCAUGGAACCGUCCUCAUCAAAACGAUCAAGGCGCUCUGUAAUGAAAACAAAGAACGUCAAUGAAAAAAUGUUGGAAAUUGCGGAAAGAGAUUCAGAGCGAUUUGCCGAAUUCAUGGAAGCGUCGAAGGAGGUAGAUAAAGAGAUGCUUGAGUUGAUGCGAGAGAAUAACCGAUUGGUAGAGAAACUGGUUGAUAAGAUUUAG